AUGUUCAACUGGUUCAAGUCGUCCAACAAGGAGUCCGCUCCCACCCAGCAGCCCACCUGGGAUGCCAACACCGUGACUAUGCAGCAGCCCUCCGGCCCUGAGGCCCCUGUCACCGAGCGGGUCGUCACCGGCCAGCCCAACCAGCCCGAACAGAUGCAAAUGAGCCUCCGUGGUGGUGGUGAGGGCGAAGACGUCUGCUGCGGAGUCUGCGCCGGUCUCUGCUGCUUCGAAUGCUGCGAGUGCUGCUGCUAG